AUGUCCCAAGCCCUGCUGGCCAGCCGCAAUGCUGCAAGGUUCACAAGCGAGAUCUCCUCCCUUACAAAAGCAGCAAAGUGGCAGCAGGCAGUUCGCAUCUUCGCGGCCUAUGAGAGCAUGUUUGGACUGGACGUCCGCGCGACCAGCGCGGUCUUGGGAGCCUGGCAGCGGGGCAGCAGCUGGACGCAGGCCGUGGCACUGUUCCAGCGCGCGAAGUCAGCACGUCUGCACCUGGACUGGUUCGAGAGCUUCAUAGGAGAUGCCUCGCCACCGGGCGCUGCCGAAUGCCGUCACUGCGAACGGCCUACUCAAGAGACCUUGCCGAGGUCCAAGCUCCUGGAUCGCCUGGGCCUCGAGGCCCUGGCGGCCGGCCUGCUACGCAGUGGUUGCUGGGAGAGGGCGCUGUCAGUGCUCAGGACGAUGCCCGGCUUGCCCAGCCUCGCCUCCUUCAGCAUGAUGGCCAGCUGCUUCGAAAAGGCAACGAUGUGGCGAGAUGCUGUGGCCCUUCUCGCAGACAUGGGCGACUGCCUCUUGCAGCCGAACUCCAUCAUGAUUAACAGCCUUUUCAGCAACUUCGAGGUAGCCUCACAGUGGGCCAGAUCACUUCAGCUGCUUCAGUCUGCUCGUCAUUCCGAGGUUCGGGUGGAUGCCGUUGGCCUCACCGCCACUUUGCUCAGCUGCGAGGAGAGCGGCCGAGGUGCGGCGGCUUGGACGGUCCUCCGUGAAUUCACCUUCCAGAAGCUUCUCCGAAGGCCACUGGGACUGCACAUCUUCGGACAUGCCCCGGAACGGAUCGUCGGUGAGCGGGUGGCUCAUGCCUCGGUGUUGGCCCUCAGGGGCUUGCUCCACCAGCAAUCGGCCAUCGCGUUUGAGCGGCAGCUGCUGCAGCCGCUUCACACUCAGCUGGUGCCUGGGCUCCGCUCAGGGCUCGGGUGUGGAUCUGAAAGACAAGGCCCAGUGCUGCUGGACACGCUGGACCUCGGACCCUUCUUCUCAAAAGAGAUGCUGAGUGCUUGGGGAAGCUCA